AUGGACGAUCCGAAUAGAAUGAUGGCGCACGGCGGUGGGCUCAUGGGGCCACAGGGCUACGGUUUAGCUGGAGGCGAAGGCGCCCCAGCUGCCGGUGAGGGCGAAGCGCGUAAGCAGGACAUUGGUGAAAUAUUGCAGCAGAUCAUGAACAUUACUGAUCAGAGCCUUGAUGAAGCGCAAGCAAGAAAACACACGCUAAACUGUCACAGAAUGAAACCUGCGCUAUUUUCAGUAUUGUGUGAAAUUAAAGAAAAAACAGUUCUGUCCCUCCGCAACACGCAAGAGGAAGAGCCACCGGAUCCCCAACUGAUGCGCCUUGACAAUAUGUUGAUUGCUGAGGGUGUUGCUGGACCUGAAAAAGGCGGAGGUGCCGGUGCUGCCGCAUCAGCGUCUGCUGCAGCAGGAGAGUGGGAUAACGCAAUCGAGCAUUCCGACUAUCGCGCUAAGCUGGCGCAGAUCCGCCAGAUCUACCAUCAGGAGCUGGACAAGUAUGAGAAUGCUUGCAACGAGUUCACUACACACGUCAUGAACUUGCUCCGUGAGCAGAGCCGCACCAGGCCCAUUACACCUAAGGAAAUCGAGCGCAUGGUGCAGAUCAUCCACAAGAAGUUCAGCUCCAUCCAGAUGCAGUUAAAACAGUCCACUUGCGAGGCCGUUAUGAUACUGCGCUCUCGGUUCCUUGACGCGCGUCGAAAACGCCGCAACUUCAGCAAGCAGGCUUCAGAGAUACUUAACGAAUAUUUCUACUCACAUCUGUCGAACCCCUACCCCAGUGAAGAGGCAAAAGAGGAGUUGGCAAGAAAGUGUGGCAUUACUGUAUCCCAGGUGUCCAAUUGGUUUGGCAACAAACGCAUUCGUUACAAGAAAAACAUUGGCAAAGCGCAAGAGGAGGCCAACCUGUACGCCGCAAAGAAAGCCGCCGACUUGCCUUGGGUCGGUGGGGGCCGCGAUGCCGGCUCGCCGCCAGCCAGAUCUACGGCAUAUUACAUUCGCAGCAGGCGCGUCGCCGUACUCGAUGGGCGCUGCGUCGGGCACGGCCACGCCCAUGAUGUCGCCCGCGCCUACGCAGGACUCCAUGGGCUACUCGCUGCCCGCGCCGCCCUACGACCAGCCGCAACCCGGCUACGACGGCUCCAUGGGCUACGACCCGAUGCACCAGGACCUCUCGCCCUAGGCCACUCGCACAUACUCCUUCACCCGUUGUGCAGGUGA